UGUCAUUGUACCAUAGCGGGUUCUGAUGAUGAUGAUGCAGUGUACGUGCUUGCCUCCAUUAGCCAAUGACGGCUGAGCAGCGGGGGAGGGGUGGAGGGGUGACGACAAUGUCUGGAACGUCACUUGUUCUCUCAGUCUGCACCGCGGCAUCACCAGAAGGACCAACACGGGCUCCUGAAUCGGCUUUUUGGAACAACUCGUUGGAAAAGAAAAAAACAAUUUAAACGCACCCGUUCACCCUAAGGCAGCGGCUCUUUUUCGUCUAACGGUCCUCCAUGAGAUUCUUCAGGCUUACCUUCAAGUGCUUCGUCGACUGCUUCUGAGUCUCCUGAGUCCCACGGCGCCUGCUGACAUUUUUUUUUAUAAAAUCAUCUCUUGGCUGUGUUUAGGCGUUCCAACGUGUGGAAAAAAAACGAUUUCGUAAUAUUCUUAAUUGUAUUUUUUUUUAUAUUUCAAACAGGCGAAAUAAACUGAGAAAAUCAGAAAAGAGGGUGCUAAACAUAUAUCUGCCUUUCUUGGCACGUUAACCCUCCCUCGUCUAAAAACCAACAGCCAGCUCGCUUCCCCCCCACCCCAAUUUAAAUUUCACACUCAUUUUUUUUUCUGACGCAGUUCAUCAAUAUGUCAACCGAGCUGGAAGGAAGUAGUCGAGGUGAAAUCAGCCUCCCUCCGUUGGAGGCUGGAGAGAUAUUUGAAAGUGAGGGUGGGGGAUCGGCUUAUCCCCUGGUGUCGGUGCCCGGAGAGGGCCCAGGCUGCGCUGAGGGCGGUGGAGCCAUUCCGCCACAGAUCCAGGAUGGAACUGUUGCCGGGGCUGACGCAGUGCCAGCGGUGGAGAGAGAAACCUGGACCAGACAGAUGGACUUCAUCAUGUCCUGUGUAGGUUUUGCUGUCGGCUUGGGCAACGUAUGGCGCUUCCCUUACCUUUGCUACAAGAAUGGAGGAGGUGUGUUCCUCAUCCCCUACUUGCUGAUGGUGUUCAUCGGGGGCAUCCCCGUCUUCUUCCUGGAAAUCGCUUUGGGGCAGUUCAUGAAGCAGGGAGGUGUUUCCGCCUGGAACAUUGCACCACUUUUCAAAGGUCUGGGCUUGGCUUCAAUGGUGAUUGUGUUCUUCUGCAACACCUACUACAUCAUGAUUCUGGUGUGGGGUCUCUACUUUCUCUGUCACUCGUUUACCAACCCGCUUCCUUGGGCCACCUGUGGCCACGCUUGGAACACCCCCAAUUGCACAGUCAACUUCAGCCGCAACUGCCACAGCAACAGUGUUGACUCAUCUGUUGCUCAAAACCUGUCCUCAAACUUGUCACUCCUUAACAGCUGCAUGGAGACGGAAGGCAUGCGCUCCCCAGUCCUGGAAUUCUGGGAACGUAAAGUUCUCCAUCUGUCUAGCGGGCUCCAUGAACCGGGUACUAUCAACUACGAGGUGGCGCUAUGCCUCCUUGCUACCUGGGUCAUUGUUUACUUCUGCAUAUGGAAAGGAGUUAAAACCACAGGCAAGGUUGUAUACUUCACGGCCCUGUUCCCAUAUGUUGUUCUGAUUAUUCUUUUGGGGCAUGGUGUGACUCUACCUGGAGCAGUAGAUGGGAUAGAAUACUACCUGAAACCAGAUUGGUCCAAACUGGGAGAAGGACAGGUGUGGAUUGAUGCUGGUACCCAGAUUUUCUUCUCAUAUGCUAUCGGACUGGGUGCCCUGACUGCACUUGGCAGCUACAACCGCUUCUAUUACAACUGUUACCAGGAUGCGUUUGUGCUGGCGGUCAUUAACAGCGGAACCAGCUUCUUUGCAGGCUUUGUCGUGUUCUCUGUGUUGGGCUUCAUGGCUGCAGAGCAAGGUGUGGACAUCAGCAAGGUAGCUGAGAGUGGACCCGGCCUGGCAUUUAUAGCCUACCCCAAGGCCGUGACUUUGAUGCCCUUCGCACCAUUCUGGGCAGCGCUUUUCUUCUUUAUGUUACUUGUACUUGGCCUAGACAGUCAGUUUGUUGGAGUAGAAGGUUUCAUCACUGGAAUCAUGGACAUGCUUCCUCCCAAGUCCGCCCUGGGCUUCUUUCGGAGAGAGGUGGUUGCUGCCAUCUGCUGUGUCAUCUGCCUCCUCAUUGACAUGUCCAUGAUCACGGAGGGAGGGAUGUAUGUGUUCCAGUUGUUUGAUAACUACUCUGCCAGCGGCAUCACUCUGCUGUGGCAGGCGUUCUGGGAGUGUGUGGUGAUUGCUUGGGUCUAUGGCGCGGAUCGUUUCAUGGACGAUGUGGCUCGUAUGAUCGGCUAUCAGCCCCUUCCCUACAUGAAGUGGUGCUGGUCCUACAUCACGCCCCUUGUCUGCAUGGGAGUUUUCUUGUUCCAUGUGAUCAACUACAAGCCCCUAACCUACAACACUGUGUACACAUACCCAUGGUGGGGUGAACUCUUUGGAUGGGCUUUGGCCCUUUCCUCCAUGCUUUGUAUCCCACUCACUGUUGUGUACAAGUUGCUGCGCGCCAACGGAUCACCUCGAGAGCGAUGGAAACGCCUCAUAACCCCACGAUGGGGCAGACAUCACCUGGAGUAUCUUAUUGCGGAGAAUGAAGGCAUGCUGCUGCAGGCAGAGAGCAAGAAUGUUCGUCUGUCAGAAGUGUCAUCUGAUGCACAAAGCAAGUAGCAACGUAACAAGUGGCUACCAUCUUGGUGAAACUUUCGAAAAAAAUAGUUUUGCCUCUAAAAUUCUCCAUAUCAAAUAAAUUAAUGAAAUUCCAUUGAUUGCUAAAAAUCAAGACCGAAACUACUGCCAGCAUGGCUCUUCCCACAAUUAAUGUUGGAUUUGCAUGAAUUAAGACAAAUUGAAAGACAAAAUUUGAAACAUCUCGAAGUUUGUGGCAAAUAUGUGAACACGUGCACAUUCCAUUGGUAUACCUUUGUUUUGACAGCUUAUAAUGUUAUACUGUUUUGCUCUAAUUAGAAGGUAUUUUUUGGACCAGAUUCCAGGUAGUCAAUAUCACAAGUCUCCCCCCAAAAAUGGGUUUAUCUGAAAAACAUAGAUGUAUUGUGCAGGAAAAUCAAAGUGUUAAUCUGCACUGUUAAAAUAGAAAUAUUUUAAUCAAGAUAAAUACCGGUAGAUAUAGCAGUUAGCAGAGCGGACUAAAAUCACAUGACUUGACUGGCUUGUUAUUCAUGAAUCUAGACCUAGAAUUUGAACUACAUAACUUGAUCACCUGUUUCUAUUUGAAAAUUAGCAUUUUUAAAAUACUGAUUUUCUUUUUUUGUGUGUACAAACAACCCACCAAUGGGCUAAGAUGCAGAGAGUCCACUACAUUUGUAUUCAAGGGUUGUGUUAAGGAUCAAAUUGGUAAAAUGAGAAUGGCAUUAUGCAAGGUUCGGAACUCAAAAAGUAAGAGACUUUACUACGGCAUCUAACUUCAUCUGUCACUAUCUAACUCACAAAGAUGGGCAAGAUAUAGCUGGUCACAUAUUAACCAAGCAUGUCGUUGACACGUUUUAUGUUAUUUAGCAGUGUUGCACUGUCUCAACUCUCGAGAUGUGGAACACAAGACAAAUUGCCGCGUACUUUACAUCAAAACCCUUGGGAAAGGGCACCAGCAUACUUGCAUAUUUUUUGUCCCUUUGUAACCAGUGUCGAGUGCUGUGCCAUGCCAAGGUGAAGUGAUGGUACAAAUUAUAGAGUUAAAUUGGAUUGGCCUAAGAAAUAGAGGUAAUUCCUGAUUUGGGCACUGGAUGUCGACAGAACAAAUUCUUGUAGUAAAAGCUCGCCAGCUCAAAAGAAGUCUCAACAUGUUCUUGCAUGGUUUAACGGUCAUUAUUGUUCUUGUGAUUGUUUUAUUUUCUUUUGAAUGUUGUGAUGAAAUAAUGGUAUUUACUCAGUAGUAUUAGAACAACAAUUAUAUUACAGUAGAAUGCUUUGAAAUUGAUUUUGUGUGAAGAAAUGACUUGUGCAUUGUUACUCUCGAUAAUGUCACAUGAUGUAUAAGAAAUGAACAAGAUUUAAGCCUAUUGUCUACAAGAGAGGAAUUGUGGCAAUAU